UUAUUAUCCAUCCAUAGACAAUCACUUCUAUAAAAAAGGUAAUUUUAUUUUACAACAAAAUUGUCAUCAGUCGUGCAAAAUGGCGACGACGAACGACUCAAAGGCGCCUUUGCGUCUUGUAAAAAGAGUACAAUUCGGGAUAAUAUCUCCAGAUGAAAUCCGACGAAUGUCAGUCACAGAAGGGGGCAUCCGCUUCCCGGAAACUAUGGAAGGCGGAAGGCCUAAACUUGGAGGCCUUAUGGACCCUCGACAAGGGGUGAUUGAUAGGAGUUCAAGGUGCCAGACUUGCGCUGGUAAUAUGACGGAAUGUCCUGGUCACUUCGGCCACAUUGAUUUAGCAAAACCAGUUUUUCACAUUGGUUUCAUAACAAAGACAAUAAAAAUAUUGAGAUGCGUCUGCUUUUAUUGUUCCAAGCUGCUUGUUAGCCCUACAAAUCCUAAGAUCAAGGAAGUCAUUAUGAAAUCAAAAGGCCAGCCUCGUAAACGUCUGACAUAUGUUUAUGAUUUGUGUAAAGGUAAAAAUAUUUGUGAAGGAGGUGAGGACAUGGACAUUGGCAAAGAAGGAGAGGAAGGUAAAAAGAGUUCAGGUCACGGGGGUUGUGGACACUACCAACCAUCCAUUAGACGGCAAGGCUUGGAUCUCACAGCAGAAUGGAAACAUGCUAAUGAAGAUACACAAGACAAAAAAAUUAUCAUAACAGCUGAGCGAGUGUAUGAGAUAUUAAAACAUAUAACAGAUGAUGAAUCAUUUAUAUUAGGUAUGGAUCCUAAAUUUGCUAGACCUGAUUGGAUGAUUGUCACAGUUCUCCCAGUUCCACCGUUGGCUGUCAGACCAGCAGUUGUUAUGUUUGGAUCAGCUAAAAAUCAAGACGAUUUAACACACAAACUUGCAGACAUUAUCAAAGCUAAUAAUGAAUUGAUGAGAAAUGAACAGUCGGGAGCAGCUGCACAUGUACUGACAGACAAUAUCAGAAUGUUACAGUUUCAUGUUGCAACCUUUGUAGAUAAUGAUAUGCCUGGCAUGCCUAAGGCUAUGCAAAAAUCUGGAAAACCAUUAAAGGCUAUAAAAGCACGAUUAAAAGGCAAAGAAGGAAGAAUCAGAGGAAAUCUUAUGGGAAAACGUGUUGACUUCUCAGCCAGAACUGUCAUUACACCUGAUCCUAAUUUGCGAAUUGAUCAGGUUGGCGUACCCAGAUCUAUCGCACAAAAUUUAACAUUCCCGGAAUUAGUUACGCCUUUUAACAUUGAUAGAAUGCAUGAGUUGGUUCGUAGAGGAAAUGCUCAGUACCCAGGUGCAAAAUAUAUUGUGCGUGAUAAUGGCGAAAGAAUAGAUUUACGAUUCCAUCCCAAACCAUCAGAUUUACAUUUACAAUAUGGAUACAAAGUUGAACGUCAUUUGAGAGAUGAUGACUUGGUCAUUUUCAACCGACAACCAACUCUGCACAAAAUGAGUAUGAUGGGUCAUAGGGUUAAAGUUUUGCCCUGGUCGACAUUCCGUAUGAAUUUAAGUUGUACUUCACCAUACAAUGCUGAUUUUGACGGGGACGAAAUGAAUUUACAUGUGCCACAAUCCAUGGAAACCCGUGCUGAAGUAGAAAAUAUUCACAUCACUCCAAGACAAAUUAUUACUCCACAAGCAAAUAAACCUGUCAUGGGUAUUGUGCAGGAUACUUUAACAGCUGUGCGAAAAAUGACAAAACGAGAUGUAUUUCUCACAAAAGAGCAAGUUAUGAAUCUUCUUAUGUUUCUGCCCACAUGGGAUGGAAAAAUUCCUCAACCUUGUAUUUUGAAGCCACAGCCACUCUGGACUGGGAAACAAAUUUUUACUUUAAUCAUUCCUGGAAAUGUCAACAUGACUCGAACACAUUCCACACAUCCGGAUGAAGAAGAUGAUGGACCUUACUGUCAUAUAUCACCUGGAGACACUAAAGUUAUAGUGGAGCAUGGUGAAUUACUAAUGGGUAUUUUGUGUAAGAAGAGUCUUGGUGCAUCAGCUGGGUCUUUGUUGCACAUAUGCAUGUUGGAAUUAGGUCAUGAAACUGCUGGACGCUUUUAUGGUAACAUUCAAACGGUUAUUAAUAAUUGGCUGUUAUUGGAAGGUCACUCAAUCGGUAUUGGAGAUACUAUUGCUGAUCCACAGACAUAUCAAGAGAUCCAGCGUGCGAUUGUAAAAGCUAAAGAUGAUGUCAUAGAAGUUAUUCAGAAAGCUCACAAUAUGGAGCUAGAACCUACUCCUGGUAAUACUCUAAGGCAGACAUUCGAAAAUCAAGUAAAUCGUAUAUUGAACGAUGCUCGUGACAAAACGGGAGGUUCUGCUAAGAAAUCACUUACAGAAUACAAUAAUCUCAAAGCUAUGGUGGUCGCUGGUUCCAAAGGUUCAAAUAUUAAUAUUUCUCAGGUUAUUGCUUGUGUGGGACAGCAAAACGUUGAAGGUAAACGUAUUCCAUUUGGUUUUCGUAAAAGAACAUUGCCGCAUUUUAUUAAAGAUGAUUAUGGUCCUGAAUCAAGAGGUUUCGUAGAAAACUCGUAUCUUGCCGGUUUGACUCCUUCCGAAUUCUAUUUCCACGCCAUGGGUGGUCGUGAAGGUCUUAUCGAUACUGCUGUAAAGACUGCUGAGACAGGAUAUAUCCAGCGACGUUUGAUAAAGGCUAUGGAGUCUGUAAUGGUACAUUAUGAUGGAACUGUACGUAAUUCUGUAGGACAACUUAUUCAGUUGCGAUAUGGAGAAGACGGUUUAGCGGGAGAAACAGUUGAAUUUCAGAGUCUUCCAACAGUAAAACUAUCUAACAAAGCGUUUGAAAAGAAGUUUAAAUUCGAUCCUACAAAUGAAAGAUAUUUAAAGAGAAUCUUCAAUGAGGAUAUCAUAAAAGAACUAACUGAGUCUGGGUAUGUGAUUGCUGAUCUUGAGAGUGAAUGGGAAAGGUUGGUGAAAGAUCGAGAGGUACUGCGGCAAAUUUUCCCAAGUGGUGAAUCUAAAGUUGUAUUGCCCUGUAACUUCAGAAGAAUGAUUUGGAAUGUACAAAAGAUUUUCCAUAUAAACAAAAGGCAACCUACUGACUUGAGCCCGAUUAAAGUUAUACAAGGUGUUAAAGAACUUUUGAACAAAUGUGUAAUUGUGGCUGGAGACGAUCGCCUAUCUAAGCAAGCUAAUGAAAAUGCUACUCUACUUUUCCAAUGCUUAGUAAGGUCAACACUUUGUACCAAGUUUGUAUCUGAAGAACAUAGGCUUUCAAGUGAGGCUUUUGAGUGGUUAAUUGGAGAAAUUGAAACACGUUUCCAACAAGCACAAGUAAAUCCUGGUGAAAUGGUUGGUGCUUUAGCUGCUCAAUCUCUUGGAGAACCUGCUACUCAAAUGACAUUGAAUACUUUCCACUUUGCUGGUGUGUCGUCCAAAAACGUAACCCUGGGUGUGCCACGUCUGAAGGAAAUCAUUAACAUUUCAAAGAAACCUAAAGCGCCUUCGCUGACAGUUUUCCUUACUGGAGGUGCUGCCAGAGAUGCGGAAAAAGCUAAAAAUGUCCUAUGUAGAUUGGAACAUACUACAUUGCGUAAAGUCACCGCCAACACUGCUAUUUAUUAUGACCCUGAUCCACAAAAUACUGUUAUUGCUGAAGAUCAAGAAUUUGUCAAUGUUUAUUACGAGAUGCCAGAUUUUGACCCAACAAAGAUUUCUCCAUGGCUUUUAAGAAUUGAAUUAGACCGUAAAAGGAUGACAGAUAAAAAAUUAACCAUGGAACAAAUUGCUGAAAAGAUAAACGCUGGAUUCGGAGAUGACUUGAACUGUAUCUUCAAUGACGACAAUGCUGAAAAACUUGUAUUACGUAUUAGAAUCAUGAACAAUGAAGAAAGUAAAUUCCAGGACAAUGACGAGGAAACUGUUGAUAAGAUGGAAGAUGAUAUGUUCCUUAGAUGCAUUGAAGCUAAUAUGUUAUCUGACAUGACGUUGCAAGGAAUAGAAGCGAUCGCCAAAGUGUACAUGCAUUUACCUCAAACAGAAGCAAAAAAACGUAUCACAAUUACUGAACAAGGUGAAUUUAAAGCCAUUGCUGAAUGGUUACUGGAAACGGACGGUACUUCAUUAAUGAAAGUUUUGUCCGAACGUGACGUUGAUCCUAUAAGAACAUUCAGUAACGACAUUUGCGAAAUAUUCCAAGUACUUGGUAUUGAGGCUGUGCGAAAGUCAGUAGAAAAGGAAAUGAAUGCUGUCUUGCAGUUCUACGGGUUGUACGUAAACUAUCGUCACCUUGCUUUGCUUUGUGACGUCAUGACUGCCAAAGGUCAUCUUAUGGCUAUCACUCGUCACGGUAUUAACAGGCAGGAUACUGGAGCAUUGAUGAGAUGCUCUUUUGAAGAGACAGUAGACGUUUUACUUGAUGCUGCUAGUCAUGCUGAAGUAGAUCCUAUGAGAGGUGUAUCCGAAAAUAUAAUUAUGGGACAAUUACCUCGGAUGGGAACAGGAUGUUUUGACUUGCUGCUUGAUGCUGAAAAGUGCAAACAUGGAAUGGAAAUGGGAGGACUAACAGUAGGCAUGGGAGUUGGAGGAGGAAUGUACUUUGGCGUUGGUACACCUUCCAUGACUCCUUUGAUGACACCUUGGUCUAAUCAGAACACUCCUGGAUAUGGAAGCAGUGUUUGGUCUCCUGGUCAAGUUGGAAGCAGUAUGACUCCCGGCGGACCAUCAUUCUCACCAUCAGGAGCUUCGGAUGCUUCAGGAUUAUCUCCAGCUUAUAGUAGUUCUUGGUCACCUCAACCUGGAUCGCCAGGCUCGCCUGGAGCUCCCUUAUCGCCCUAUGCAUCGCCAGCAGGGGCUUCGCCGUCAUAUUCCCCAACAAGCCCAGUAUACGUUGCCGCGUCACCUAGUCUCACUCCCACUUCUUCACAUUAUUCGCCAACCAGCCCAUCAUAUUCACCAGCUUCGCCUAAUUAUUCUCCAACAUCGCCUAAUUAUUCUCCUACAUCCCCUAUAUAUUCACCUUCGUCGCCUGGCUAUUCACCUACGUCACCAGGUUACUCUCCUUCAUCUCCAUCGUAUUCGCCAACUUCGCCCAGUUAUUCACCCACAUCGCCUGGCUAUUCACCAACAAGUCCUGCAUAUUCGCCGACGUCGCCCAGCUAUUCUGCUACGUCUCCUAGCUAUUCACCGACAAGUCAGACUUAUUCACCUACAAGUCCAUCUUAUUCGCCCACUAGCGCGGCUUAUUCACCGACUUCUCCUGGGUAUUCUCCAUCGUCACCUAGUUAUUCUCCAACUAGCCCUGCUUACAGCCCAGCGUCGCUUAGCUAUUCGCCGUCUUCGCCAAAUUUCACACCAGCCGCACCGACAUAUUCGCCCACAAGUCCUUCAUACACCCCAACAUCGCCGGCAUAUUCUCCUACUUCUCCGAGUUACUCCCCAUCAUCACCACAGUACUCACCCUCGCCGAGCUAUUCACCGACGUCACCUUCACAUGCUGGAGGGAGUCCCACAUACUCGCCUACAAGUCCGCAUUAUUCACCAAAGAGUCCUCAAUAUUCGCCAAGCAGUACGGCGUACUCUCCCUCAUCACCGCAGCACCCGGGAAACACUCGAUAUUCACCUACUUCAUCAAAUUAUUCUCCUUCAUCGCCAAAUUACUCUCCGUCAUCCCCAAGCUAUUCGCCAUCAUCAACCAAAUAUUCCCCAACAUCACCGACAUCACCAACAUACACCCCGACGUCUCCUACAUAUUCUUCUAAUUCACCAGCUUAUUCGCCCUCUUCAAUUGUACCAUCCACUUAUUCGCCUACUUCACCUAAUUACUCACCUACAUCACCUUCACAUGAUGACGGCGAUGAUUAGACAUAAACUAGAAAUUAUGUACAGCUUGGCAAAAAAGUGUAGAAACGGAACUAACUCUUACAACACUUUUCAACUUGUCAGUUGUUAGUCCCUAUGCUGUUAAUGAUCUCGGGAUUAUUUACAAAAUUUGUCAGCUUGACAAAAAAUGUCGGCUUUGAAGGUUAUGUUGAUAAAGUUACGUUUACGUUUCUCGUGUUCGUGUUGCCAUAUUAGCGGCGCCCCUAUUAAUUUCUACUCUUUUUUUGCCAGCCAAUACAAGAUAAGUUGGGCACGUAACGGUAACCUUGUAUUGGCACAACGUGUAAACCCUGUAUCCCUCCUAUUUCCUAAAAGGAGAUCCGUGCCCAGCUGUUAAUUAGAUUGAUGUACUAAAAAGUAUAAAACAAAAAAAAUAUUGUACGAAAAAAAAUAAUAAAAACAAAAAUUUACGUUAUUUUUAAGAAUUGAUCGUAUAAAAACUACGUGUAUAAGUUAAGUUAUUUAGGCGUAAUUUAAUAUUUUUUUUGUGUUUUAAUAAAUAAGUUUACUUCAAUGGUAGAAUAUAAAAUAUUCCACAAAUUUUAAUGUCUGUUUAUCUGUAUCAUCCAUAAAUCUGUAAUUAAUUGUAAUUAUUGUACUACAAUUAAUUCCUUCAGAAUGGUAAUACAAAUAUUAUUUUUAUUGUUUUUUGCAUUUUGUUUUAAUAAAUUUACUUAGCGUUAACGUAGACAUGGGAUUAAUAUGUGCAUCAAAAUGCAUAAUGUAGAGUUUAACAAUAAAGUUAAUGAUAAUUUGAUAUUACUCCAUCGUUCAUAUAAAUUCUUUUUAAAGAAUUAAUAAUAAUCUAUGUAAUAUUUCAUUUAGUUGUUUUUUCUACUUUGAACGAAAUGGAAAAUAACAUUUCAAACCGUGGUUUACCCUCAAAUUCUUUUUUCGGUAAUCCAUUUACAGUGUGUACAGAACAUACAAAACUGUAAAGCUGACGCUUUACUAUUUCCGUGGUGUGAACGGCUUUUAUAUAAAUUCUAUAGAGACUGAAUAUCGUUCAUCACGGGAUCUUUACUUUGAAUCAAAAUAAAAAUAUUCAUUUAAAUAAGUCGUAAAGCGAGCGUACACACUUAUAUUUUAUUCUAAAAACAUUAUUGCCUAUCUAAAAAAUUAAAGAAGUACCUAUAUUGUAAUAUUUGAAAAUCAUUGCUCUGCGAAAGUUUAUUAUGUACAAAAAAAAUAUUUACUCUAUUAUUUGCGUGCAUUGCAGAUUCAAUUGCAAAUUGAAUUUUUUUUAUUUGUAAAUUUCAAUUGCAAACUGAAAGAGAAAAAUUGUCAGAGUCGAUGUUUGGUGAGGUCUGUCAGGCUUUGGUGGGUGUGCUAAUUUUGAUUUAUUAUAAAAUGAAGGAUUUUCGUAAUUUUUUUUCUGUAAUAUAAAAAUGGUCCAAAAAUGCCGUGCUCAAAAUGGUCAGUCUCCUGUCAAGACAAAGUCAAUGACUUGUAACAAAUUGUAAGAUGACAGUAAAAUAAUGGUAAUUUAUAGAAAAGCAAUCUUAUUUGCGAUAGUUUCAAAGUCAGAUCAGAGUUGUCGAACAUGUGUUUUGAUAAUGAUUCAAAAGUAAACUAUUUUACUAAAAGAUAAUUUAUGUUUAUUUUGAAUAAUAUUAUGAAUCCAAAGAAUUGUAAGGUCUGAUACAACUUAAUGAAAAGCUUGCCAUAAAUAAAUAAAUUUUCAUUUUGAUUUACACCAUAGAAAUGUAGAAAUGUAGAAGAGUUAAGAUCAGUAACAAACAGUCAAAAAUUAAUGUAGAAGAGUUAAGAUCAGUAAUAAUUUAUUUUUUUAUUUGCUAUGCCCCGCUGUUUCACCCGCGUAUAUAGAUCAUAUUGCCGUAGGAUUAUUAGGAUAAAAAUUAGUUAAUGUGCUGUUUCAGACUUUAAUUUAUAUCGUAUAAUUAAAUAUAAAUUUGUGCCAAAGGGGUUGGAAGAUUAGUGACUAGUGUGACCGUCCGCAAUUUUGUAAUUUUCGAAAAUUAUUUUAUUAGAGCACCCAUACUUAUGUCAUGAAAAAUAUGAAAAUUUAUUUUAAUAAUAAACCUAGAACCAAAGAAAGAUUUUUAAUAUCGGACUUUAAGCACCAAAUGAGUUUAGUUCCUGUAGGUAUCCUAUCGAACUAAAAAGUUCUGCAUUUUUUACACAUGGGAUAUGUAACUUUCUUCCAAAAUAUGUUACCUACCUAAUUCUUAAAACCUGUGGGCCUAUAAUAUGACCAAUGGCAGCGGCGGAGUUGUUCCAGUAUCAUCCCAUCUCUUCAUCCAAACGGCAAUGAAAGAAAGCGAUCAUUGCGGUUGCUAUUGGUUGAAAUUUGUCUAUUUCGCUUCUCGAUUUAAGUCGUUGGUUGCAUGUUACGUGAAUUGGGCAUCUGCGUGGCACCUUAGACCACAGCUACACUUACCAUCAGGUGAGAUCGUGGUCCAGCGCGAGCCCAUAUUAUAAAAAACCUAUGAAUCAGAAAGCAUGUUUGAAGAAAUCAAACAUACUCGCAGGGAAUGAGUCAGAGUCUUUACAAGCAGCGUGGUGAAGCCGGUGAAACCCAUAAAAAACAAACUUCACGUGUCUCCUUGACUUCCGCUUAAACAAACUUUUUUUAUAAUUUUUAUUUCAAAAUUUAACACUAACAACAAUUAAUAUAACAAUAAUAAAAUAUUCCAUCUCAUUUGUUUAGUUUUUGUAAACAAUUUUUAAAAUAUUUAAAAACAGGACGCCAUUUUUCUUGAAAAAUGUUGAAAAUUACUGAUGCGACGCUCUGUGUUGUACCUACUGACUCGAGAAUGAAUUCGUUUUUGGAACGAUUACGACACCGUCGUGUUUCGUACGCUCUAUCUGCAUAUUAUUCUUUAAUCUGUGCUCGUAAUUCGUAUGUAUAUCAAUGGCGGCUAGUCAUAGGCCUCCGCUCAAACAUUCUUCCAACCCCUUUCAUCCAGAUCAUUCUGAGUACCUAGUGUAUCUGACUAACACGAUUAUAUAGUUAGUUAUAGGAUAUUUUCUAUCUUUCUUUACUAUUUUUAACCGACUUCCAAAAAGGAGGAGGUUCUACGUUCGGCUGUAUGUAUGUUUUUUUUUUUUUUUUUUUUUUUUUUUAUGUAUGUCCAGCGAUAAUUCCGUCAAUUGUGGACCGAUUUUGAAAAUUCUUUUUUUGUUUUGUAGGGUUUACUUCCAGGGUGGUCCCAUUUUUUUCAUGUCAGGAUCUGAUGAUGGCAUCCUGGAGAAAUUGAGGGGAACUUUCGAAAGUUGUAGAGACGGCUAGUACGUUUGUUAGUGUUUCCAUAAGGUAUUUUAAACUACUACAACUUUAUGAAGGUUUGGAGUUGGUCUGAUGAUGGAGCCGAAACACAGACGAUGGAACUCGUCAAGGAUUUACAGCAGUCACCUUUUGUUUGGGCUUGAUUAAUUUGUAUUGAUGAGUACUUUCCACCUAUAUGGGUUGUGACUGUAUUAAGGGUCUGGUGAUGAAGACGAGGGACAGUGAAGAGAACUCCUCGACGCUUCACAGUAGCUACCUUGUGUUUGGACUUAAAAAAAUUGUAUUGAUGAGAACUUACCACCUAGGUGGAUUGUGACUGUAUUAAGGGUCUGAUGAUGAAGACAAGGGACAGUGAAGAGAACUCCUCGACGGUUCACAGUAGCUACCUUGUGUUUGGACUUGAUAAAUUUGUAUUGAUGAGAACUUUCCACCUAGAUGGAUUGUGACUGUAUUAAGGGUCUGAUGAUGAAGACGAGGGACAGUGAAGAGAACUCCUCGACGGUUCACAGUAGCUACCUUGUGUUUGGACUUGAUAAAUUUGUAUUGAUGAGAACUUUCCACCUAGAUGGAUUGCGACUGUAUUAAGGGUCUGGUGAUGAAGACGAAGCACACUGAAGAGAACUCCUCGACGGCUCACAGUAGCUACCUUGUGUUUGGACUUGAUAAUUUUGUAUUGAUAAGAACUUUCCACUUAGAUAGGUUGUGACACGCAGUGGGUAUGCUAACACUAAAAAUAAAAAAAUAAAAAUUUUAAUAAAAAAAAUUCAACCGACUUCCAACUCAAAAAAUAACUUUAACUAAAAAGCAAAAAAUAACAUCCUACCUAUGUGCUACCUUCUGAUCAGUUUGAAGGCGGUGCCAAGCCAGUGUCGUGUUUUAAUUAAAGCUGUUUCUGGAAUAACCACAGAAGUUUUGUAGUUUAAACGUAUUUAAUUAAAACAUCACUGGCUUGGCACCGCCUUCAAACUGAUCAGAAGGUAGCACAUAGGUAGGAUGUUAUUUUUUGCUUUUUAGUUAAAGUUAUUUUUUGAGUUGGAAGUCGGUUGAAUUUUUUUUAUUAAAAUUUUGUUAAUUUGUAUUGGACAUAUUUGGUAUACAUACCUAUGCUUAUAUUCAACAAUAUAAAUGUAUUUUUGGAUAAAAUUGUACUAUCAAUUUGUAUAUUACCUACACAUAACUUACCUUAUCUAUUUGUCGUGAAAAUAAAGAACGUUGAAAAAUAA